AUGUCAGAAACAGCACCAGCGGUAAAGAUAAAAACAGAACGGCCAGAUGAAGCGGAGAUCAGAGAACUGGCUGCAAAAAUGGUGGAGGCCAACAAGGCGAAAGCUUUGGCGGCAUCUGUCGCGGCAGCGCGGCCUCCGCCUGGUGCACGGCUAGGAGGACCGACUCAAGCAGUUGGAGGUCAAAUGGGUAUUCUUAACUUUCUAACAAGGAAUCAAAAGCCAGGUACUCCGUCCGCCGCCGACACGCGUCCAGUUAGUGACGACAAAAAGACACCAGCUCCAGAUGAAGCCAGUUGGAAAGGCCACUUUGGUUGGGACAUGCUUGGUAAAUGUCACAUACCAUACAUAUUUCGAUCUGGAGAGAAGUACGUAGCAGUGCGAAUGGUUGAAAUUAAGCUAUUGAACAAGUACCUGAAUUAUUUACAUGCAGACAUAUACUCUUGUACCUGUAUUCGAAGCUAUUACAUCACUGAUGUUGAGGCUUUAUUAUUAAAUGAGAUCAAUAAUAGGCAUUGUGAUGGUCAGUUUGGGCGGGAUCCCUUCACACAGAAGGAUUUGGUGGUGAGACUAUCAGACGCUUAUGAGUUCUAUAAUUUCCUAGAUGUAUGCUAUAAUAAACUAUUACGUGGAACAACAAAUAAUAAGGACAAAUGUGGUUUUAUUCGUAUCAAUAAGGAGUCAGUUGUACCAUAUACAGUUAGAGACAAUCAGAAAUUUGUACCUUUGUUCUAUUUUGAAGGUGAAACAGACAAUCUAAAGUUAAAAGCUGACCAGUUAAAAGGCUGGGAUUUAUCAUACCUGAAGUUCUGUUGUAAAGUGCAAGGUAUUAGGAAUGAACUAUUUGCAAGUGAGACAUGUUCAGUGAUUAGUUUAACAGACAUUAAAAGUUAUUUCCCACCUGGUACAGACUUUGAGGAAUACUGGCCAAACAAAGUGGUUGAUUCCCAGCUCCUAAUUUCUGCUAAAGGUUCUGUUUCUGGUGGUCAGUGGACGCGAGCACCACCCGCUCCCCCACCGGGAGUAGUGGGAAGCGUUAGUGCUGGUGUGGGGAUGAACAACGUGGUUGCCCCAUCACGAGGUCGACGGCCCGCCCAGCGCCACACACAAGCAAAUGCAGCCAUGCAAAUGCCUCAUACAGGCCUCUCUGCAGCGGCUGUGCAAGCCUUAGCCAACGGUUGGACAAAUCUACCCGCGUCUUUGACUCCAGCGCAAACUCAACAAGUUUUGCGAUUGGCACAGGCGCAAGUAGCUGCUCAGGCGCAAGCAGCUGCACGGUACUCAACUGCAGCAAAUGCAUUAGCAGCUGCUGCAGCUGGCAUACCUCACCGGUCGCACAACCAGAGAGCUGUGCAGUUUCCAAACAGUGCUAUACCAAUGGCGAUGGGCCAGCAACCUCCACCGCUGGUGAGGAGCUCGGCAAACUCCAACAAUAUGAAUGUUUCGGCACAAGCAAGUGGGUCAAUGAAUGGCCACUCAACCUCUCACUCCGGGGACACAAGGAAACGACUCACAGCUAUCCCAGACAUCAAUAUCAGUGGAAACCAUACGCCGUAUAAGGUGCAGAAAGCAUUGGUAGAGAACAUGAUGGUACCAUGUAUAAACGCAAAGCCCUAUCAAUACACCGAGCUCCUAAUGACAUUACCAGACCUUGCUCAGAACUUUUUUCCAAGGGUAUCAGUGAAUACCUGCCGGGCUAUGCUUGAUGCACUAGGUCUUUCACUGUACCGACCUAAUUCAACGCAACUGCAAGUGCUCCGGAACUCGGGCAAAUGCAAAUCGGCAGCUGCUGGCGAAAACGGGAUAGCGCUUGUGCAGAUUCGCGACGUCAUGCAACAUAUGCCUCAGUUUAAGUACAUGUUGCGGUCUGGCUUGGCCGCUGACGAGCCGCCCCAUCAGCCUCCCAGACCCGCUCAUGCCCCGCCACCCUCGCAUGCCAAACGGGCAAGGGCCAAUUAG